GUGUAAGAAUGCAACAGCCACUCUCCUUUGAGUCACCCACUACAACAAAGCAGAUGUCUUGACUUGUGCCAACAGGCCGCACCUACACUACACUCCCCUUCUCCUGGGUUCCCAGAUCCCAAAUUGGUCUCCUUAGGAUGUCCAUGAAGCACCACAAUCAACGUUCAUCAAGCCAUUUCUUUCUGGUUAUUUUGAAUCUCCAAAAGUUCUGAAGACAGAUAAAAAGCCUUAACUGUUUCAAAUAUGCUCUCAUCCUGACACCACCCCCCACUUGCAUCUUGAAUCCCAAAUAGGAAGGCCCUCCAGACCACAUCUCCCUUGCUACAAAUGAGGAGGAAAGUGGACAUUGAUCCAAGUUGUGUGUUUCAAAAUUUCAUUCAUUUUUAUUGCUUGUGUUUUCCUCUGUUUCUUGUUUGCCGUCUUGUAUGUCCCCAACCUGGCUGAAGGUGAGUUUUGGCUUUCUGUGGUAUUCCCUUCACUGAUGCCUCGCAGAGAAGAUAUGGCGAGGAAAACGUGAGGUAGAAGAAAACCGUUCCAAGACUCUUGACGUGUGGGCCCAACACUGGCUCCCUGCCCUCACCGUGCGGGCCACGGCUGGGGAGGAGCACACCUUGCCUUCCAGAUCCGAAUCCGGUUCCCAGAGACAGAGAGGAGAGAGGCCUGGGGACGUGGGCGUGUGGCCGCGUGCUGGGUGAUCACCGUGAUCCUUGUCAACCUCUACCUGGUGAUGUUCACACCAUACUGGCCUGCUACUGUGCUCAUGCUCACCUGGCUGGCUUUUGACUGGAAAACCCCUGAGCGAGGUGGCCGCCGCUUUCGCUGUGUGAGGAGGUGGCGCCUGUGGAGACACUACUGCAAUUACUUCCCGCUCAAGCUUCUGAAGACUCAUGAUAUCUCCCCCAGCCACAACUACAUCCUCGCCUGCCACCCUCACGGCCUCAUGUCCCACGCAUGCUUUGGCCACUUUUCCACAGAGAUGUCAGGUUUCUCCAAGAUCUUUCCUGGCAUCACCCCCUAUAUGCUCACAUUGGGAGCCUUUUUCUGGGUGCCUUUCCUCAGAGAAUAUGUAAUGGCUACAGGUGCCUGCUCUGUGAGCCAGUCCUCCAUGGACUUUCUGCUGACCCGUAGAGGCACAGGCAACAUGCUCAUCGUAGUGGUCGGUGGCCUGGCUGAGUGCAGACACAGCCAGCCAGGCUCCUCCACCCUGGUCUUGAAGAACCGGUCUGGCUUUGUGCGCAUGGCCCUUCGACACGGGGUGGCUCUAAUCCCUGCAUAUGCCUUUGGGGAGACAGACCUCUACGAUCAGCACAUUUUUACUCCUGGGGCUUUGGCCAACCGCUUCCAGAAGUGGUUCCGGAGAAUGGUACACAUCUACCCUUGUGCUUUCUAUGGCCGUGGCUUCACCAAGAACUCCUGGGGCUUUCUUCCCUAUACUCGGCCUGUGACCACCGUUGUUGGGGAGCCUCUACCACUGCCCAAGAUUGAGAAUCCGAGCCAGGAGACUGUGGCUAAAUACCACGCACUCUAUAUCGAUGCUCUACGCAAACUGUUUGACGAGCAUAAGACCAAGUUUGGCAUCUCAGAGACCCAGGAGCUGGUGAUAAUUUGACAGACAUCCUCAGCAGCCUCUCGGCCUGGCUGGAAGCUCUUCUCUGCUUUUUCCUUGUGGUUACAGGGGAGAUAGCCCCAAGAAGCAGGGGAGACCCUAGGGGAAAGGUACCCUGAAGGCACCUUGGCACCAGCAUUAAGGAAAACAAUGGACAGAAUAAAAAUCCCAUCUUCUGAUA